AUGAAAGAAUUUUGUCAGGUUAAUAAAAAUACUUUGACAGUAUGUUUGGAACUUGAGUUUGGCACUAACUUGGCAUUAUGUUGGCAAUGUGUUGGCAAUGCGUUGGCAAUGCGUUGGCAAUGUGGUUGGG